AUGCGUUCCGGUACCUCAGAGCCCCCACUUGUCCGGUACAACAGAGCCCCCACUUCUCCGGUACAACAGAGCCCCCACCUCUCCGGUACCUCAGAGCCCCCACCUCUCCGGUACCUCAGAGCCCCCACUUCUCCGGUACCUCAGAGCCCCCCACUUCUCCGGUACCUCAGAGCCCCCCACUUCUCCGGUACCUCAGAGCCCCCCACUUCUCCGGUGCCUCAGAGCCCCCACUUCUCCGGUACCUCAGAGCCCCCACUUCUCCGGUACCUCAGAGCCCCCACCUCUCCGGUACCUCAGAGCCCCCACUUCUCCGGUAGCUCAGAGCCCCCACCUCUCCGGUACCUCAGAGCCCCCACUUCUCCGGUGCCUCAGAGCCCCCCACUUCUUCGGUGCCUCAGAGCCCCCCACUUCUCCAGUACCUCAGAGCCCCCCACUUCUCCGGUACCUCAGAGCCCCCCACUUCUCCGGUACCUCAGAGCCCCCACCUCUCCGGUACCCCAGAGCCCCCCACCUCUCCGGUACCUCAGAGCCCCCCACUUCUCCGGUACCUCAGAGCCCCCACUUCUCCGAGCCCCCCACUUCUUCGGUGCCUCAGAGCCCCCCACUUCUCCAGUACCUCAGAGCCCCCCACUUCUCCGGUACCUCAGAGCCCCCCACUUCUCCGGUGUCUCAGAGCCCCCACUUCUCCGGUACCUCAGAGCCCCCACCUCUCCGGUACCUCAGAGCCCCCACUUCUCCGGUAGCUCAGAGCCCCCACCUCUCCGGUACCUCAGAGCCCCCACUUCUCCGGUGCCUCAGAGCCCCCCACUUCUCCAGUACCUCAGAGCCCCCCACUUCUCCGCUGCAGCAAUGGUGUCCAGCAGGGUGGCAGUAGAGAGCAGUUGUCCUCUGGGCCAGUUUCCCUGUGGUAAUGUGACAGUGUGUCUACACCAGGCUCUGCAGUGUAAUGGACAUAGAGACUGUCCCAACGGAGCCGACGAGGACAACUGUGGAGACAACAGUGGAUGGGCGGACAUCUUUGAUCGAACCAUCAGGAAGGUCGAACCACAGGUCCUACCGUUACCAGAAGACUGCUUCUUGCAGCAGUACCCAGAGCAUUGUGACUGUAUCAAGACAGAGCUAGAGUGUGUGGAAGUCAACCUACAUGACGUUCCUCAAGUCUCCACCAAUGUCACCUGGCUGUCUCUGAAGAGUAACGAGAUAAAGAGACUGUCGGACAACAUCUUCUCCAAAUACACACACCUGCAGAGACUGUUCCUACAGAAUAACAGCAUCCAUACAGUCUCCACUCAAGCCUUCAGUGGACUCUACAAGCUAGAGAGACUGUUUCUCAGUGAGAACUCCAUCUCAUCUCUCAGUCCGGGUGUGUUCAGUGAUCUCCGUAAUUUAUGGUGGCUGGUGUUGGAUCACAACCCUCUGAACAGUGUUUCCCAAGACACCUUCACCGGCCUCACCUCCCUCAUGUUCCUCUCCAUGGUGAAUACAUCUCUGGUGCAGCUCCCCCAGCCCAGCCUCUGUCACCACACACCUAACCUCAGCUGGGUGGAUUUUGAGGGGAACCAGGUCUUAACCAUUAGCUACUCUACUCUGAUGACCUGCAGCCAGCUCACAGUACUGCUCCUAAUGGACAACAAGAUCACAACUCUUCCUGAGAACACUUUUCAGUCUCUAGUGGUUCUAGAAGAACUAGACCUGUCGGACAACCGGAUUACUGAGCUCCCCAACAACACCUUUAAGAGCCUAAAGUCCCUCGUCAAACUGAACAUAUCCCAUAAUCCUCUGUUCCACAUCCACCCGGGUCACUUUGAUCACCUGACCCAGCUCCAGUCCCUAGGUCUGGAGGGUAUUGAGAUUCCAGACAUCCAGACGAAGAUGUUUGUACCCAUGGGAAACCUCUCCCACAUCUACUUCAAGACGUUCCAGUACUGUUCCUAUGCGCCCCACGUGAGAACGUGUAAGCCCAACACAGACGGUAUCUCUUCCUUCGAGGACCUGUUAGCCAACGUGGUGCUCAGGGUCUCUGUGUGGGUCAUGGCCUUCAUCACAUGUUUCGGGAACCUCUUCGUCAUCGGGAUGAGGUCUCUGAUCAGGGCGGAGAACAACCUGCACGCCGCCUGCAUCAAAGUCCUCUGCUGUGCAGACUGUCUGAUGGGAGUGUACCUGUUCUUUGUCGGUGUGUUUGACGUGAAGUUCCGAGGGGAGUACAAUCGUAACGCUCUCCUGUGGAUGGAGAGUGUGGAAUGUCGAACCAUCGGAUUCCUGGCUAUGCUCUCCUCAGAGGUAUCAGUUCUGCUGCUGACCUACCUGACCCUGGAGAAGUUCCUGGUCAUAGUGUUUCCCUUCAGCCACCUGAGACCUGGUAAACUACAGACUGUGGUGGUGCUAGUGUCUAUCUGGGUGCUGGGGUUCAUCAUCGCUGUGGUUCCCUUGCUGAACGACGAUCUGUUUGGAAACUACUAUGGUCGCAACGGGGUCUGCUUCCCCCUACACUCUGACAGACAGGAGAAACCCACUGCAAAAGGAUACUCUAUCGGAAUAUUCCUCGGUCUGAACCUGGUAGCCUUCCUGGUGAUAGUGUUCUCCUACUCCUCCAUGUUCUACUCCAUCUAUAAGACUGGAAUCAAUGCAACAGACCUGAGGAGCAGGCUACACAGAGAUGUGGCUGUAGCUAACAGGUUCUUCUUCAUCGUCUUCUCUGACGCCCUUUGCUGGAUCCCCAUCUUCCUGGUCAAGAUACUGUCCCUGCUGCAGGUCGAGAUACCAGGUACCAUCUCAUCCUGGGUGGUGAUCUUUAUAUUACCCAUCAACAGUGCCCUGAACCCCAUCCUCUACACCCUGACGACCAGCUUCUUCAGAGAACAGGUGGAGGUGCUACUGUGUCGCUGGCAGAGGCGGUCGGCCAUGAAGAAGAACAGGAAGAGCCUGACCUCCUCUACCAUACAUGGAGGCCUCACGGAAUACAUCCUAUCCCCCCCCAGUCUACCUACUGAUAUGGACCCUCGCUAUGGGUGAGGGAAGGAGGGAGAGAUACUACCACCCCCUUCAUAUCUGCCCAGAUUUUCAUUGGAUCCUGACUGUGGGUAGAAAGGGGGAGAGUGGAGAAAAGAGGAAGGACAGUAUUUAUUUUACCACCCCUUGAAUCCCGCUGACUGAGAUAUGAAGGCAUCUCUCCGCCUGGAGAAGGAGAGGAGAUUUUUUACCACCCCCUGAAUCCCACUGACUGAGAUAUGAAGGCAUCUCUCCACCUGGAGAAGGAGAGGAGAUAUUUUACCACCCCCUGAAUCCCACUGACUGAGAUAUGAAGGCAUCUCUUCACCUGGAGAAGGAGAUGAGAUAUUUUACCACCCCUUGAAUCCCGCUGACUGAGAUAUGAAGGCAUCUCUCCGCCUGGAGAAGGAGAGGAGAUAUUUGACCGAUCUAUUGCUCCUUUCUCCACACCACCCUGCAGCUCCAGCCAGAGGACUAGAGGACUACUGCUUAAUGAACCAUUCAUUUAAUACCAUUAAGACCAGGGCUGCCCUGGAGAGGGCUGUUUCAGACUAUUACUGCUGCAAAUUGAUUGCUCUUUAGGGACAAUAUUGAUUUGUGCUCAAAGCUCCAAGCUCUUCACUGUACAGUAUGGGAGAAAUUCACCUCACCCACCUCAUCCACUACAGUACUUACUAUUUUGCAGGGUUGGGGCCAAUUCGAAUUGAAGGUAGUCAAUUCAGGAAGUGAUUUGAAUUUGAACUUCAAUAAAUGGAAAAACUUUAGAAAUAAAUAGCUUUUACUUAUAGUUUCUCGAGAAGCAAUUUAAAAUUGGUGGUAUUUUUCGAUGCCUUCAAUUCGAAUUGACCCCAACCAUGCUAUGUAGCACCGAUAAAUGCUGGGACUGGGAGGAUGUAGGACCUGUUUACAUAUGGACUCCUUAUCAACAAACCUCUUCGUUUGUUUGUUUGUUUGUACAUAAACAACUGAACUGUGUGUUUCUUUAAUAAUCUAGCUCCCUUGGUUGUGUGUGUCACAAAUGGCCCUUUGUUCCCUUUGUAGUGCACGUCUUUUGACCAUGUUGGGACGUGGACUUUCUUCUUUGUGGAGUCUGUUAUUCUAACAUGAAGAGAAGACUCUUACCUGUGGUCAGAUGUCUGUGUACUGUACAUGCCCACUGGGCACAAACUGGUUGAAUCGAUGUUUUUUUUCAACAUAAUUUGUCAACGUAUUGUGAUGUGGAAUCUACGUGUAAAAUACAUUGAAU